AAACAUGUCGGCUCCAACAACUGACAGCACAGAAGCUAUCACCAAUUCUGGCUACGGCAGCAGUGAUGAGACUGCGAGCUUACUCGUCACCGGACCCUCAGUCACUGUCAUUGUCCCAUCAGAAAACAGAACAGUUAAACCAGUUCUGCAAAGGCAAGACUGUACUACUCAUCUACGACCUCAACUAUCAGGCGGGCCUGGCAGUGAGGAAAGUGCAACCUCAAUAAGAAUGGACGAAGGCACCGCAAGAAGUGUCCCUGACAUCGAGCUCCAAUGUCGGGAACCGGCAGACCGACCUCAGACACUCGUGUCUCCCGUAGCGACGUGCUCGCACAGAGGGUCAGUGACCGCCUGCCAGUUAGUUCCGCAAACAUAUUCGAGAUGUCGCGUCUGCGAACGGCGACAGUCCACCGCACCAAUUUCAGCGCUACAACUAGCGCGCUCUGUGUCGAGAGAGAGCGUUCGCUCGGCCGUGCACUACCCUUGCGGCUGUAGCUCGCUCCAUGCCGUUAGUACAUGCCCCGUCAUACAACCCCCGGCGCUACUGUUGCCUACAACUAGUACAAGGAUAAUCCGCCAGAGUUCGCAACCUGAGUCUAGCGCAUGCGCGGCGCACUGCCCCCAUCACCCUCACCACCACCCCAGCGCCUCCCUGCGGCAAUUACGAGAACCAGGAGACGGUAUCGCUGGCAUCGCCGCGGACUCUCUGCGAAUCAACGGGGGUAUGCGCCCUUUCAAACAGGGGCUGCUCCUCUGUCCACAAACCCUGUCGCAGACGCGCCGAGCCCGGCUGAGACGUGCAUUCACUGAAGCCACGGGGGAUACUGUUAACUACGUUAAAACGGUGGGCUUCAACCUAUUGGAUUAUGCACCGUCGAAUACUGCUAUCGACUGUACAAUUUCCCUUCUAUUGAAUUUCCAGCAACCUGUUUCAAAUAAUAACAGUAAUUUAGCGUUCAAAAAAUAA